AUGAAAAGAUACAUCCUUAAUAAUAACACAUGUUGGAACACGAAAAAGACUAAAGUAGAAUACCAGUAUGAUAACGAAUUAAGGAUAAAAGGCCGUGUGGCAUUUCCAGAUUUUUUUAAUUUUAAUAAAAUAUCUAACAAAAGAGUGGAUGAGGAUAUAAAACACAAAAAAAAAUUAGGUAGAUUAUAUUCAUUACAAGUAGAAGAAAAUGGAAAAAGAAGAAGAAUUAAUUUUCUACAUAACUUCAACGACUUAGGUUCGAGAGAUACGCUGAAAAAUCAGAUAUCUGUGAUUCCAAGUGGGUCAACCGAAUGCUCUGGAUUAACAUUUGAUGAACCAGAAAAAAGUGCUAAUAAUAGUGCCACAUUAUAUAAUCAAAGCGAUAUGAAUGAUAAAAAUAGGAUAAAUAAACAAGAGGAAAAAAUAGUAAAAAAUGAAUUUUCCCAUUUUCACCAUGUAGAAAUAGGAAGCAAUUAUAAAGACAAAAAAAACAAUCAAAUAAAAAAUAAAUAUUAUGAAAAGAUUAACAAUUUAUUGAAAGAAAUACACCUUAGCAAAAUUGCGAGAUGGAAUGACAACACCAAAAAGUGUAUGUAUGAGAGUGCACCUUCUGUUCUUAAGCAGAGUGUGUGA